AUGACAGCAAACCGCCCGCUGCUGACUGGCCCUUCCGUCCUACACGCCCGUCCUCCCACGUUCCAUCGGGUCACUCAGGUACCACCAAAGGUAAUCGACAAAGUCCAUCUUCACGAGCAACCUAUUCCAGAACGGGGCAUAGAUGAGAAAUCAUGGCCUAUGAUGAAAGGGCCAAGAAAGAAACGACUUGUCCAACACCAAGAUAGCACGGCUUAG